CUAUGUAAAGGAUUGAAUGAACAAUAAGACAUUAGGCAGAAAGGUUUGAACCCUAGUGCUACCAAAGCAGAAGGUAAUAGCAGAACCAUUAAAAGGUGAAGGAAGUAAGGCUAGUUACUGGUUUCUGCUGUUCUGCCAAAAAGUGAUCACAGCCCCUACCUUUCCACUGAAAGGUUGUUUGAUGGAAAGCCUGUCCCCGUCCCCUGCAGGUGGCCGGCGAUACUGCAGUCUGAUGUCGGUUGAAUGAGCGGCACUGUGCUUUGAUGUUUGUUUAGAGAGACAGCAGACUUUUUCCUUAUUCCGUUUCUUCAUUCUGUCUGCUUUGUGCGUUUGUGAGGAAAACGUGACAGUGAGACUGCGUCUGCUGCCAGAGGCCUUGAACAGGAGAUAACGAGCUGGAAAUUCCUGCUUACUGUCAUCAUCAUGUGGUACAACAUUCUACAUGAGGUCGAUCAUGUCAGCAAGCUGCUCCAGAGCCCACCAGUUGGGAUCGAUGUGCUCCAGUACGAGGUGGGAUAUGUUCUUAAAUUCCUAAAGGAAUACAGAGAGAACGGCCUUUCAUCCGCCCAGACAGAUGCUAGAGACAUGGCGGAAGAGUUGGAGAUGCCAAUGGUCUUCCCCACUACACCAGGCCCAAAACCCAAACGCCAGUCUCCGUACGAGCCCCAAAAUCCGGAUCCUUCCUUGACAGUGACACCCGAGGAAAAGUUCAGGAGAGAUGUUUUCCUCCCACUAGUGAACUCUGCCAUCACAGGCACUAGUGAGCGCUUCAAGUUGAUGGAGACAUUUCAUGGUCUGUUUGGGUUCAUUUACAGAAGAGAGGAAAUGAAAAGGGCCGUGGAAAGUUACACCCUCAAAGAAAGCUGCGCAGAUAUUGAAAAAACCCUCGGCGAUGUGGAUGCUGAGGACCUUGUGCGCGAGAUCUCGGCUGCUGUCACUGCCGUGCCAGCAAAAGAAACCACUGGCCUGAAGAUUCUGAGCUACAUCUACAGAAACAGAUUAGUUGAACUUUAUCCAAACCUCAGCAUUGCUCUCCGACUCAUGAUGACAGUGCCUGUGACGGUAGCGAGCGGAGAGAGGAGUUCCUCUCGCUUGAAGCUAAUAAAAACACACCUGAGGUCAACAAUGCUCCAGGAGCAGCUGUCAGCUCUCGCUCAGAUUUCCAUUGAGCACGAGGUGACAAAAUCGCUGGACAAAGAUGAACUUAUCAGGGCAUUCUCAGCUCUCAAACACAGAAGGGUGGAUUUCUAAAAAGGGCUCAGGUGAAAUAUACGCCCGCCGCCCGGUGAGCUGUCCACGGUGCUGAAAAAACG